GGAUGUGGCAACAGAGAGAAAACAGAGGUACAAGAAAGUUUUGCAGUCACAUAUUCCUGAAGAACUUCAGGGGGAGGGAAAAAAGGAAGAAGAGGUCAUGCAGCUUGUUGACCAACUCAUAUUUUACGAGGAAGCCAGCGGAGAGGAAGUGCAGAUUAACGAGUCUGCACAACUGCAAGACUUGGAUGAAACUGGGAAAUUGACCAUUACUGCCCAUAGUCUGGCUGCUCACUUCACCACCUUGGAGCCCUCUGCGCUAGAACGAGCUGCCUGUAAGUUGGAAGCAGACUGCAAACUGUGGCUGUCACGGUUAUUUAGAUUCAAGAACUCUGUGCCAGUUUAUCAUGACAGACGCUACGAAGGCCUCACAUGUGUUGGCAGACUUGCCCUGUACACAAAAUUUCCGAAAUAUGCAACAGAGGGUUUUGAGGCUUUGUAUUCUCGGCCACCGGUCAUCUACAUUAGUUCAGCAGCACCCCCAGGCCUAGGACAGUACUUAUGUCAACAGUUAGGACUUCCAUUGUCAUGUUCCUGUACAGUACCAUGCAAUACACUUCAAGGGCCCACUAGCAAAAUGGAUGUAGUUUUGCUGGAAAAGUUGAUACAAGAUGACAUCGCUGCUGCCAAGACACCAGUUUUGCUUGUUGCCUAUGCAGGAACCCCAGUGAUUGGUCAUGUGGAUAACCUGCAGAGGCUGCAGGAGAUCUCCCGGACACACAACAUCUGGCUUCACGUUGAUGGCAACAGUCUGGCAACUUUGGCCAUGUUUUCUGUGCCCUCAUCAGUUGAGUCGGCUACAGUCAGUGAUAGCUUCACAUUAGACCUCACUAACUGGCUGGGUGUUCCUUCCCUGUCAUAUAUUACUUUGUUCAAAGAGUCUGACCGAUACCUCACAGACAUUGCUGGCCUGACCACCACAGAUCCUAGGCUGCAGCUCAAGUGUCUUCCACUGUGGAUGUGCCUGCAAAGUCUUGGCCACGAAGGGGCUGUUAGCAAAAUCAAAUAUUCAUGUGAACUGGCAAAAACACUCUACGAUGAUCUGGACAAGAUCAGCACUGUCAGGCAGAUUAGCCGUGAAAGGAAGAAGCAAGAAAGAGAGAUGCAAAACAUGAAGAAUAUUUUCUCAAAGCCAGUGAGUGCAUUGUUGGUGUUUGAGAUUGUGACUCCUACAGUGGUUUUCAAGUACAAGGAUGAUGCAAGUGACCCUGGUGCUUCCAUUGUUCCUUUCUCCAGUAUUAAUGUGGACAACCAAACUGAUGACAAAGACAAAGCCUAUUUUGAUGCGCUUAACACUUGG